CGCAACAAACUCAACUAUCUCUAAAGUGAAAAGCGGACAGUGUGUCAGUGAUCGCUGCUUUUCCGCGCUGCGCUUUUACUCCACGGAUCCGCGUGUGAUUGCGUUCGAGUCCCCUUUCAAGCCUGAAAAUAAAGCUGAUAAAGAAGCACGGCUUGUCAGCUGGCAUUGGCAUGAGCUAACCCGAUCAGACAUGGAAACCAAACCAUUUUUAUCAUUGGGGUUCCUGAAACCCCAGUGCUCGCUGGCGCCGCCCCCUCAGAGAGGCCGCUCGGGGGAAUCCUGCUCCUGUUUCAGCGGCAUGUGUCCUCUCCAUCAGCGCAGACUCUCCACAGACUCGGGUCAGGUGACCUCAUCUCCUCUGAGCUCUCCCACGUCCCAUCGGCCCAUGCAUCCUCCCCUGCUGAGCCCGACCUCCAUCGGAGCCUCAGGAUCCCUGCACUCACCCAUCAGCUCACUCAGCUCACCAAUGAAUGGCCUCGGCUCUCCCUUUUCCGUCAUCAGCUCGCCCAUGGGCCCACACUCCAUGGCAUCUCCUGGCAUGGCCUACGGCCCCAGUGUAAGCCCACAGAUGUUACAGUUGAACUCGCCAAUGAACUCUGUGAGCAGCUCAGAGGACAUCAAGCCUCCGGUGGGCAUUAAUGGUAUGAUGAAGGUGCCAGCGCAGUCCUCGGGGACCCCUCUGUCUCUCACCAAACACAUCUGUGCCAUCUGCGGAGAUCGCUCCUCUGGUAAACACUACGGCGUCUACAGCUGUGAGGGCUGCAAGGGGUUUUUUAAGAGAACCGUACGGAAGGACCUGACCUACACCUGCAGAGACAACAAGGACUGUGUGAUCGACAAGCGCCAGCGAAACCGCUGCCAGUACUGCCGCUAUCAGAAAUGCCUGGCCAUGGGCAUGAAGAGAGAAGUUUUUUUGCAUACAGCCGUUCAGGAGGAACGCCAACGAGCCAAGGAUCGAAAUGAGAAUGAGGUGGAGUCAAGCAGCAGCGCCAAUGAGGACAUGCCCGUGGAGAAGAUCCUAGAAGCCGAACUCGCUGUCGAGCCCAAAACCGAGACGUACAUCGAGACCAACCUGGGCAUGCCGUCCAAUUCGCCCAAUGAUCCAGUCACUAAUAUCUGCCAGGCGGCAGAUAAACAGCUCUUCACCCUGGUGGAAUGGGCCAAGAGGAUCCCACACUUCUCUGAACUGCCCCUGGAUGAUCAGGUCAUCCUUCUACGAGCUGGCUGGAACGAGCUGCUCAUUGCGUCGUUCUCGCACCGCUCCAUAGCCGUAAAGGAUGGCAUUCUGCUGGCCACUGGGCUCCACGUGCACAGGAACAGUGCCCACAGUGCCGGAGUGGGAGCCAUAUUCGACAGAGUGCUCACAGAGUUGGUGUCAAAGAUGAGGGACAUGCAGAUGGAUAAAACAGAGCUGGGCUGCCUACGAGCCAUAGUGCUGUUUAACCCAGACUCCAAAGGCUUGUCAAACCCUAGCGAGGUGGAGGCUCUGAGGGAGAAGGUUUAUGCCUCUCUGGAGGCAUACUGCAAGCAGAAGUACCCUGAUCAACCCGGAAGGUUUGCGAAGCUGUUGCUGCGGCUGCCGGCGCUGCGUUCCAUCGGCCUCAAGUGUCUAGAACACUUGUUCUUUUUCAAGCUCAUCGGGGACACGCCCAUCGACACCUUCCUCAUGGAGAUGCUGGAGGCGCCCCAUCAAAUGACGUAAAGAUAUCACACCCUCCUGUUGCCCUAGGAGACCAGGGGGAAGCUAGCCCCUCCUCCUUAACAAGACUGAUCAUGUGACGUUAUACGCUGGAGAUUGGAUCAGCAAGCCGUUCCCUCCAAUCAGUGUCUCGUAACGCAGCCGUAGGGUCUUUUUUUUUUAUACCUUGUAUAAAGAUAUAAAUAAAAUAUUAAUAAUUUGAGUGGGACUCAAAGGCAACAAACAGUACAGGACAUGAUGACUGAACCAUGAAUUCAUGUGUGGAUAAAUGUAAAAAAAAAAAAAAAAAAAGAAAGGAAAACACAACACCAUACUCUUGAGACCGAAGGAUUGCUGGAAAUGUCAUGGGACUGAGUAACAGGCCUGGUCUUGGGAAUGACGGGAUUGAAGAUCUGGCUCUUGACUAAAGGAGAAGAAAAACGAAGGCUGAGCUCCACAUCAGGGCUUCAGCAGCCUCAAUAACAUCUGGCUCCAGGCGUCUGGGGAUGUGUGCACUCGGAGAUGGAUUGGACGUCGGAGUAAUCACGAUGACGACGAUAACGACGAGCGUUCAGAUCAGGAGACACGAACACUCUGCCGUGACUGUUGCUUUGAAAAAUGGGAAACGUUUACGGCUCUGAGCGAAGACUCUUGGAUUAUUGAAUGCUUGUGUGUUACUCGCGCUCUGUUCUUCAGCAUACUGGUAUGAACGUUACCGUCCCACUGUUUCAACCUUCUCUUAUGAGGGGACAUGAAGCGAAAACUUGUUCGUUGUAGCGACUCUGCUCUCCGCUCACAACUCUCGUAGACUUUUCACUGUGUCUCAGUUCUUGUCCGGACGUACACGGAUAUUUUUGAACACGUAGUUUCUUCUCUGCGUGCGUGUUUUUUUUUUUAACCUCCUGUCCACACAAAAACACAUUUUGCGUCACUUAGAAAUAACAGUCCGUGCGGAUGUGAAAAACGUUUUCGAAAACGCUUACGUCACAGCGUGAGCCUGUCCAGGUGUUGCUCAGCGCAUUCUUCUUGAUGCAAUUUAUUUUCACAUUAUUUACAUUUCAUCGUCUCGACCCUUAAAUACUCAUGCUCUUACUAAAGUUAUUCUCGACAAUUUGAUGUAGCCGUUCGUGACGUACUGUCGCCACCCAGUGGGCUUGUGUGGUCACGUGAGCGUUUUUAAAUCGUCUUUGCAUUUCGAUGCGGACAAAAAACAUUUCAAAAACACUAGGUGGAUUUCCAUUGCAGUUUUACGCAAAAUGGAAAUGGUUUUUGGGUGGAAAAAAAAAAAGUUGACAAAACAAAGCUGGGUUUUCUCCUCUUGCGAUGGUCAUUCCGAUUAAACAUGGCGACAGAUCUCCAAGACGGAUCUCAUAAGUGGUCUUGGAUGUGGUCGACUGGAUCCAAAGCAAGGCUUAACCUCCUAGGGCUUAGCGGUCACAUGCGUGGACAGCACUUUUUAGAAAUUCGGAACAAGAAUCCACAUACUUUUUCUCUAAAAGUACAUCUUAUCAAAGAUGAUGCUUAGUUUUUAUUCUAAUCAGGUCCUAAUAAGCCCAAAUAGCAAAGAGAAAUAAAAAUGCAUGUAAAAAAAACAGCUUGGGCCUUAGGAGGUUAAAUACGAUAGAAUUUGUUUCCGUUUAAAUUUUGCGAAAAAUUGCUUUGUCGAAUCAUCUCCGAAAUCACGCGAGCACAUUUUUUUUUUUUUUGCGAUAUUUGAGAGUUUUUAAUUUGCAAUUUUUUAAAUUGUGCAUUAUUCAGAUUAAUGGAAACAUGCAGGCAGUUACGGGCGGAGAUAUUUCCGAAAAUAGUGUUUCUGUGAACGGGGACGUUUUCGAAAACGUUGUGUGAAUGGAGAUGUUUUCGAAAACAGUGUUCAUUUGGACUAACGUAUUUUCCUGUGCAGAUGGAUUUUUUUUUUAAUUAAAAAAAAAAAAACCAGAGCGGUAAAACUACGUUUUCAAAACCAUCCGUAUACAUGUGGACGGGGCCUCUGAGAAGUCCGGAUCGUCACGAAAGCCGGUGGUUUGCGGUACACCAGCUCACUUCCCUCAUAGUCAAACCCAGGUUUGGGAUGAUGCAUCACUUGUACACAACAUUACUGCCACACUCAGUAUUCAUUUCUGUUUCACGACGUGCAAUUACCUCUUUCACUCCUCAGACGUCGGUCCCUGAAACCUCCCCAUCUUGGACGGAACUCCUCAAACUCACAGUUUGCAGUUCACCUUAUGAGGACAUUGUUGUUUGUUAGCACUUAACCUCAUAUUCUGAGCCUUAGCUGGUUAGUUGGCUCUUGAGGGGUCCGGGGGCCACUGACCAUCCACAACCUGCACUUCUCUGGGCAAACCAAGUGUCGUUUAAAACAUUUUUUGUCUCUUUUUGAGUGUGAAAUUUCCUGAGCUGUGUAACGUUCCUAUAUUCUCCAUCCUUGUUUCUUUUUUUUUCCCAACGCUGCUGCUGCUGCUUAACUAUGCAUCUUAGCAUUCUUUCCAAAGACUGCCCAUGGUGAGGUCGCUUUUUUUUCCCUUACAAAGUCUAUACAGCACACCAAACCAACCCUGAGCCUCAGUCUGACUUUUAUUUCGAUGUUAAGAGUAGCAGGACCAGGGUUUGGUGCCCUGGCGCUAAUGUGUAUGCAUACAGAGUUCUGAGGCGAGCGUUUAUUUGCAGUAAGGACAUGAGAGCUGUGACUUCCCCCUAGUGGAUGGGAUGCAACACUGCAGAAUUACUUGAAGGAUUUAAUCGGGGGGGAGAAAUGGCACUUUUUCAAUGUAUUAGAUCUUUCCUUCAGCUGGACAUCGGAUUGGAGAUCGUUACAACGUGAUUUCUUGAUCAGUUGAUAUUAGUAACUUGAGAUUUAUUCUCAGAAAAGUGACACUCUUUUGAAUAUGUUUUAUUGAAGCUGACAAAUGGGAACAGUUAUAUUUUAAUAGCCAGUAAUGAGUCUUGAACACAUGAAAUAUGGAAUGGUGGAUUGGAUUUCUGAUGGAAAAGUGUUAAGUUGCGUAUAUAAUAUAUCUACUGACUCCAAACGUAGUUAAUCAGGCAAACGUUAUUAAAUGUCGUAUAUUUACUCUUUUAGAUUGCGCACUGGAGCUACAAUACUAAUUGAGUGAAACAGGGUUUGUGAAAAAGUAAUAAAACCCAAAAUCUUUUCCUCAGAUGAUAUUCAGUUAUUCAGACAUUUACUGAUGUGGUUAGGACACAAUUUGACUUACUGCUUCUUCAGAGCAUGGUCAGAACCGUCGGUCAGAAACAAUGCAAACUAGAAAAGCACUCGGAGAGCGCAGACCUCCGCCAGGAGUCCUUUAAAAAAUUCCGGGAUCCAGACAGUGAUCCGGAUCACCGCCAAAAUUUAAUGGAUUGUUACUUGUGCCCAGUCACACCUCUGGAAAAAAUUUCAGAGCAAUCCGUUCAUAACUUUUUCCAUAAUGUUGCUAACAGACAAACCAACAAACAAACAAACGCUACCGAAAACAUAACCUCCUUGGCAGAGGUAAAAAAAAAAACCAAAAACUUUUUUUCAAAUCUGAACCACCCUCAAUUCUCUUUUUCAAAUUCUAUUUUGUUUUUUCAACCUCAGUUCAAUUAUUUUUACAAAUCUGAAUCAAGUUGGU